CACUGCUGUCAAAACAGUAAAAUGGAUUCGAUUAGUUUUUUUCUUAUUGUUGUCGCUUGUCUCUUAUGUUUGCUACGAAGCUGUACCGUCUAGUUUCUGAAUAUUUGUUGCAAACGGACACGAUAUAGCAAAUGAGAUCUAUUGUUUGUAUAACUGCUGUGUGUUGGUAUUUAUAGUUUAACAUUAUUCUAGAAUUACGAUCGCAGUAUUGCACACCACCUCCCGAGGGUGCUGUAAAACGUCAUAUAAUCACGCAUCGCCAAUACGAUACGAUUGUUCAAACAAACUUCUAUAGCGAGCUGAAUCCACACGAAUUGAAACGGUACAGCGAAAACGAUAUCGAAAUACAACUACUAGUAACUCGAACCACUAGCUUCCAUCAACUCGCACCCGUACCGGGUUCGUGGUUUCGUUCUCAGUUCCCGACAUCAGUUUUAUAAUUGAACGACGCAGGACGGGGCGUUUCCGAUUAGAUUCGGAAGUAAGCUCAAACCACGGAACUAAGGCUGGUCCCUGGUACGAUAUGAUGGUCCCAUUUCGACGUAAGAAAUCUAACAAACAAUUUCCAGUGAAAGUAUGUACCUUUGAUUCGGAGCUUGAAUUUCACCUUGAGCACCGAGCAACAGGUAGAUACUUGUUUGAAUUAAUAUGUCGAACGAUCGGCCUGCGCGAGACAUGGUACUUUGGGUUGCAGUUCGAAGAUUCCAAAGGAAACCUGUCAUGGCUGAAAAUGGACAAGAAGGUCCAGGAUCAGAGCGUGCACAUGACAAACGGUAGCUGUAUGUUUAUAUUCUUAGCCAAGUUUUUUCCCGAAAAUGUGGCUGAAGAGCUGGUACAGGAGGUAACGCAGCAUCUGUUCUUUCUACAAAUAAAACAAGCCAUAUUGUCGAUGGAUGUAUACUGUCCGCCAGAGGCAUCUGUGUUGCUUGCUUCAUACGCGGUGCAAGCUAAGUACGGCGAUUAUGACGAAGCAGUAUGCAAGCCAGGGAUGCUGAUCAGCGAAAAUUUGCUGCCUCAACGCGUGAUCGAUCAGUAUCAAAUGACGCCCCAAAUGUGGGAAGAACGCAUUAAAACGUGGUAUGCAGAUCAUCGAGGUAUGUCAAGAGAUGAGGCAGAAAUGGAAUAUCUAAAGAUUGCGCAGGAUCUGGAUAUGUUUGGUGUCAACUACUUUCCUAUAACGAAUAAGAAAAACACGGAAGUUUGGCUUGGUGUGACGGCGUUGGGAUUGAACAUUUAUAACAAAGAAAACAAGUUACUGCCAGUGACAACUUUCCAGUGGAAUGAAAUCCUGCACAUCAGUUUCGACGAUCGAAAGUUUGUGGUGAAAACUAAUGACAGCAAAAGUCCGAAGCCUGUGAUAUUCUAUUCGCAAAAGCUGCGUAUCAACAAAUUGAUAUUGGAUCUGUGCGUGGGCAACCACGAUCUUUACAUGAAACGGCGCAAACCCGAUACGAUGGAAAUUCAACAAAUGAAAGCCCAAGCGAAAGAGGAAAAGCAACGAAGGCAAGUCGAGCGGAAUAAGUUAACGCGCGAAAAGCAGCUGCGUGAAGCGGCAGAGCGAGAAAAGGCAGCGAUGGAGCAAAGACUGAUGCAGCUGCAGGAAGAGAUGAGAGCCGCGAACGAAGCUUUGCAUCGCAGUGAAGAGGCAGCGGAACUUUUGGCGGAAAAAAAUCGCCUUGCUGAGGAAGAGGCAAUGCUACUCUCUCACAAAGCCCAGGAAGUCGAGCAGGAGAUCAAUCGGAUGCGUAUGACUGCUCGCAAAACGGAAGAAGAAAAGAUGUACCUGGAGCGAAAGACACAAGAAGCAGAGUUACUCACUGCUCGCAUGAUGGAGGAAUCACGCAAACGAGCUUUAGAGGCCGACAAGUUAAAAAAUGAACUGAUACACGCGCGUGUGGCAGAAAAGGAAGCGAAAGAAAAAUUGCUGAAUUUUCUAAGUCGAACGUCCACCGAAUCGAUACUCAUUACACCUUCUUCAUCACCGGAAUCUCCUAUGCAUGAAAUGCAUUCGUACGAUCUCUUGGCCGACGGUGAUAUGGAACAACUUUCACUGGAAAUCGAAAAAGAACGGGUUGAAUACUUGGCCAAGUCGAAACAAGUACAGAAUCAGCUCAAGGAGCUUCGCUCUGAAAUUGAGCAACUAAAAAUCGGUGAGAAUCAGUGCCCACUGGAUGACAUCAAUGCCGAGCAGUUGCGGCUAGGUGAGACAAAAUAUUCCACCCUGAAAAAGGUUAAGUCCGGUUCAACAAAAGCACGAGUAGCAUUUUUUGAGGAACUGUAAGUUGUGUUUAACUUUUGCAAUUCAUUGUUUUUGUCUGAAUUUAGAUUGGGUUACGUACGCUUAUUUUAAUUUGUCGUUUUAUUUUUUUAAUACUUUUUAAAGUUCAUUGCUUACUUUUGUUUAUGCCGCAAAAAGUAUACGGAUCAAAUAUGAUCAUUUUGAAAAACGCUUUCAGCCUCGUUGCUCCAAAUUCUCACCGCGUUUUUUCUAUAUUUGAGUUUAUCUAUACAAACUUAAUACAUACCACAUAUUUUAUUGAAAUAUUGACUAUUUUCACACAAGAAAGCCAAAAACAAGUUAAUAUCAAUAGUAUGUAAAAUUUUUGUGUUGAAAUGGUGCUCCCAAUUGUUUUUUUAAUAGAAACGAUUGAAAAUGUUUCGGGUAACACAUGGUUCAAGUUAUCGCCUUAAUUGGAUUGAUUCAACUCUUAAAAAGAUUUCGCUUAUAUUGUCUGCAUUAAUUCAAUGUCGUCAUUACUAUCGAUGAUUGUCCGACGGUAUGCUAUGGUCAAAUUAGUUUUGUUAAUUAUAUUUCACCCUUUUAAAGAUAGUUAAUGACUUUAAUAUAUUUCUUCUUUCUUAAAAAAGUCAUUUAAUUUGCAAAUUGCCAAAGGCGAAAAGCCAGCAAUUACCAUUAAGACCUCAUCUACUUUUACUUUGUUACGAUGUUUUUGUUUUAUUAAGCCCAUUGAUCCAUACCCCAGCUUAACGUCCUAGUAUAAAAUACAGCGUACCCAUUAGCUAUAAAUCACAUUUACGUAGUAUUUUCAAUUUAUGUUACAGUAAAAUGAUGGAGUAUAUAGUUUUACAAAUAUUAAUUAGAUACAAAUAACCGAAUGAUGGUGUGUAUUAUAAUUUAUAUGAGAUUGCUGCAUUCAUCACUAUGACUAGUGUACCAUAAUAACAGGUUUUUAUAGAUUAUAUUUUCAUCUUUCAACAGCUAUAAGUAGUAACACUUCAUUUGUUUCUUUUUACGAUCAUCGUGUAGCGCGUAUAAUAAAGUAUGUUAAUUCAUCUUCGUACCUUUAUUUUCAUUGUUUACAUACAUAAAUACCACACCCUCGCUUCCCUUCACUUGUUUGUCACAACUGUGCGUGUUCUAUAUAUUUGUUUGGGGUUUUUGGUGUUUCUGGUGUUCGUGUUAAUUGCAAUAAUGGACAUAGCAUAUUUUUGGAGUAUGGAAUUCAAUCGAUAGUGCCAUUUGCAAACUAUAGCUUUAAAUACUGAGUUUUAUUUAUCGACCUCAUCUGCCAACGGAUGUGUUCUAAAAAAAUAAUAAUAAUAAGAGAGAAGGUACAAGUUAUUUCAUAUUCCAAAUUUCAAAAUUAUGCUGAUAUUAUUUUCGAUUCCAUUAUCCGUAUUGCCGUAAGGAAACACAUCUCAUUUGAGAUUCAUUGUAUUCGGUUGUUUUUAUUUAUUUGAGUGUAUAGUUCUAUCUUGUGUAACAAUUCAGCAUCAUCAGAAAAUACAAAUAUGUAAUGGUUUUGGGUGUAACACUUCUCAGCAAUAAAUGCACUGUUCAACGGUGUCCGGGUUGCUGAAUGAUAAUAAAUGCUUAUGCUCAAUUCUGUAAAUUACAGGGAGCCGGAAGAAUCGAUAGUGUAAAACAUUACGAUCGGUUACGAUUUUCUCGUAUCUAGCACAACCUAUCUCAGGAAUGACAACUAUUAUAAGGUGCCUUGCAAAAUUAACGAACAUAUCAGACAGUUUCGAACGAAACCAAAGCCAGAAAAGAGCUCGGGCCAUGAGAGCAAAUGCGAACCAAUUGUUAAGACUAUUGUUAUGCCGGAAAACUUCAACAGACUGUCAGUUUCUUCUAAUGAGGUGACACAAUGGAACGUUUUCUAUUGAAAUAGAUUCAAAUGUUCCUGCGUCGACAAUAAAUUGAAAUUUUAUGUUUAUAA